AGAAGCGUGUCCGGCGAAGAAGAGCCAGACGAGACUCGAACAGGCUGAGGAAUCAUUUAAAAAGAUGGGGGACAGUGAUGAUGAGUACGACCGCAGGAGAAGGGACAAAUUCAGACGGGAGAGGAGUGACUAUGACCGAUCGAGAGAGCGAGACGACAGACGCAGAGAUGACUGGAAUGACAGGGAGUGGGACAGAGGCAGGGAACGGCGUAGUCGUGGAGAGUACCGGGAUUACGACAGAGGUCGUAGGGAGAGAUUCUCCCCACCUAGACAUGACAUGAGUCCCCAGCAGAAACGCAUGAGAAGAGAUUGGGAUGACCAUGGGGGAGACCCCUACCGUGGGGGAUAUGACAUGGGUUAUGGUGGUGGUGGUGGUGGUGGUGGUGGCGGUGGAGGGCCCAGCUAUGGACCACCCCAGCACUGGGGCCACCCUGAUUUGCACAUAAUGCAGCCUCAUCAUGGUAUCCCCAUUCAGGCAAGGCUUGGUAACAUCCAUGACAUGGAUUUGGGUCCUCCACCUCCAGUAAUGAAGAGCUUUAAGGAGUUUCUUAUUACCCUGGAUGAUUCCGUUGAUGAGACUGAGGCUGUCAAACGCUACAAUGAGUACAAGGUGGACUUUCGCAGACAGCAGAUGCAGGACUUCUUCUUGGCUCAUAAAGAUGAAGAGUGGUUCAGGUCCAAGUACCACCCGGAUGAGGCCAACCGACUUAAAGCAGAGGCCCAGGGCUCCCUGCACAACCGUGUGAAUGUCUUCACGUUCCUGAUGGAGAAUGGAUGGUUUGAUAAUGUCUCUCUGGACAUUGAACAGACCCCAGCCAUCAUCAAAGUUCUGGAUGCAGCUGUGAUAAAGAUGGAAGGAGGGACGGAUCAUGAUCUUCGCAUCUUGGACAUGCCAUCUGAAGAGGAAGAAAGCAGGGAGAAGUCAAUAUCUGUUCCGGUGGGUUCUGAACCUCCAAAGAAAGAAGACCUCAAAACCUUGGACGCUGACCAGAAACCUUCAGUAGAGAAAGACAAGAAUGAGAAGGAGGAGAGCAAUUCUGCCAACACAGAAAAUGUUGCUGCAGCAGAAGGAGAGGAUGUGAAUAAGGAGACAGAGAAAGAAGUUGCCAAAGAAGAAAUACCUGAAACCAAGAAGCAGAGAAGAAAGAGGAAGCGCAGUGGAGACAGUGAUGAUGAAGGCAGCGCCUCAGAGAGCGACUCUGACUCUGAUUCAGACUCCAACUCCAACUGCUCAGACAAACCUGUGAAGAAGGAAGAGGUGGAAGACAAGGAUGAGGAGGAAGAGGAAGGUGAAGAGGAGAAACAAAAGGAGAACCCCGAAGAGGAGAAGAAAGAAGAAAUAAAGCCUAAAGACGACUCCCCUAGACCUCGGCCUCUCCACCGUACCUGCUCUCUGUUCAUGAGGAGCAUCGCUCCCACCAUUUCCAAGGCUGAGAUCAUUGCUCUUAGCCGGAGAUACCCUGGCUUUCUGCGUGUUUGCUUGUCUGACCCACACCCAGAGCGCAGGUUUUUCAGACGUUGCUGGGUAACAUUUGACCGUAGUGUCAAUAUCAAAGAGGUCUGCUGGAACCUGCAGAACAUUCGCCUGCGAGACUGUGAACUGGCACCAGGGGUGAACAGGGACCUGGCCCGCAGAGUGCGCAAUGUAAAUGGCAUCACUCAGCACAAGCAGGUGCUCCGCAAUGAUAUCAAGCUGGCUGCCAAGCUCAUUCAUGCUUUGGACGAAAAAGGAGACCUGUGGAACACCAAGCCACAGGAGGAGGUGCAGAGCACUCAGUUGCCAGCUCAGAAUCCCAUCUUGAAGAAUAUCACAGACUACCUGAUAGAGGAGGUGAGUGCUGAGGAGGAGGAGCUGCUGGGCUCUGGGAGCGGGAUGGAUCCUGAGGAGAGCACCAAGGAAGGAAACCCUGCAGAGACCACUGUGGAGAGAGAUGAGAAACUAGCCAAGGUUUUGGACCAUCUGAUCUUGUAUCUGCGUGUUGUGCAUUCAAUUGACUACUAUAACACCUGUGAAUACCCGAGUGAGGAUGAAAUGCCCAAUCGCUGUGGAAUGAUCCAUGUUCGUGGACCCAUUCCUCCAAACCGCAUCACACAGGGAGAAGUGCAACAGUGGCAGAAGAUGAUUGAGGAGAAGCUUAGUCCUUUGUUCAGUUUAAAGGAAACUCUGUCUGAGGAUGAGGCGGGGAAGAUGGGCCGCAAGGAUCCAGAGGAGGAGGUGGAGAAGUUUGUGUUGGCCAACACGCAGGAGCUGGGGAAGGACAAAUGGCUGUGCCCACUGAGUGGCAAGAAAUUUAAGGGCCCAGAUUUUGUGCGGAAGCACAUCCUGAACAAACAUGGGGACAAAAUUGAAGAAGUGAAAAAAGAAGUAGUGUUCUUUAACAACUUCCUGAUGGAUGCCAAGAGACCAGCGCUGCCAGAGAUGAAAAUUCCUCCUCUUCCAACUCCAGGUCAAGGUUUGCUUCCCAACUUGCCAUUUCCUCCUCAAGGUCUUCAGGGUCCAGGGGGCUUUGGACAACCUCGUCCACCACUGAUGGGAUAUGGAGCCGGUGGACCUCUUUAUCCCCCUAACCAAUACGGAGGGGGCAGAGGCAACUAUGACAACUUCCGCGGUCAAGGUGGCUACCUGGGAAAGCCACGCAACAUUAGAAUGUCCAGAGGUGACCCACGCAACAUCAUUGAAUAUCGUGACCUGGACGCACCAGAUGAUAUGGAUUUCUUUUAGAAGGUUCUCUUGGUCCUGUCAGUCAUAACCGUUACCAGUGUUGUGCUCUGCUUGCUUUUCAUAGUGAUUAGAUUAUUUCUUUACUUAAAUUGCAUUUUGUAAUUACUGUGAAAAUUGAGAUGGCUUCUGCUGUAAACUGCUUCCUCAAUAAAACAAUGCUCUACUCACAUUGA